AGGAGGCGGCGGCAGGGGACGGCUCCCCGGGGCAGGACGUGGCUGCGCCCUGAGGACGGGCCCCACCCCCACGGCGGCGGCGAGGGGACCGCCGGGCGCUGCCCCUGCCCGGGAGGCCGAGGCCCAGGCGGCCGUGCCGCUCCCCGCCCCGUUGUUCCCUCCCGACGUCAAUAUAUAUUUAUUCCCCCCCUUUUUUUUUUUCCCCUUUCCGAUCCUUUCUUGGAAGCGAAAUCCGAUGCGGACGGAAUGGGGCUUUUACACUUUAAUGAUGCAGUGGGAUUCGUUUCAGGGUUGUGUUGCAUGAUCUGAAUUUUGAAUGAAGGAGAAGGACGUUUAUAAAGAUAUAAAAGCUUACAUCCAUCUACAUGCGGUAAAAUCGGUGUCAGGCAGUCCUGGUGGGAUUUCAGAGUGAUUGUUAUCACUGAAGUGUCAGAAGAAGCAAUCUAUUUUUCCUUAUUAAGCAUAGUAGAAAAUUUUUCUUUAUUUUCUUAAAUUAAAAAAUUAUAUAUGCGCCUAUAUAUGUACAUAUAUAUAUUCACACGCUCACACACGUAGCGUUUAUCUGUGUGUGCCUGAAACUUCCCCGAGCUCAGCCUCAGGCUGGAGCCGAGGUGGGCUGUAAAUAAGGCACCACCAGAGCUUGACACUUGGUAAGAAUACCGCAGGCUUCCUUUUAAACAACACCUUGAAAAGCUGGUUUUUGGAUUUUUUUUUUUUGACGAAGUAAUAAUAAUAAUUAAAAAGGAAACCCCAUUGCAAACUGAAACAACCAUGUCUGGAGAAGUGCGUCUGAAGCAGUUGGAGCAGUUUAUUUUGGAUGGGCCAACUCAGACUAAUGGGCAGUGCUUCAGCGUAGAAACCUUGCUGGAUAUACUCAUCUGCCUGUACGAUGAAUGUAACAAUUCCCCUUUGAGAAGAGAGAAGAACAUCCUCGAGUAUCUAGAAUGGGCCAAACCAUUUACAUCUAAAGUGAAACAGAUGCGACUACAUAAAGAAGAUUUUGAAAUCCUAAAGGUGAUUGGUCGAGGAGCCUUUGGUGAGGUUGCAGUAGUAAAACUGAAGAAUGCAGAUAAGGUUUUUGCCAUGAAGAUACUUAAUAAGUGGGAGAUGCUGAAGAGAGCUGAAACAGCAUGUUUUCGAGAAGAGAGAGAUGUGUUAGUGAAUGGAGAUAACCAGUGGAUCACAACGUUGCAUUACGCGUUCCAGGAUGAAAACUAUUUAUACCUGGUUAUGGAUUAUUAUGUUGGAGGAGACCUGCUUACAUUGCUCAGCAAGUUUGAGGACAGAUUACCUGAAGAUAUGGCUCGUUUUUAUUUGGCUGAAAUGGUGAUAGCCAUUGAUUCUGUGCAUCAGUUGCAUUAUGUCCACAGGGAUAUUAAACCAGACAACAUCUUGAUGGAUAUGAAUGGCCAUAUUCGAUUAGCAGAUUUUGGUUCUUGUCUGAAACUGAUGGAAGAUGGAACGGUUCAAUCUUCAGUAGCUGUUGGGACGCCAGACUACAUCUCUCCAGAAAUCUUGCAGGCCAUGGAAGAUGGAAAAGGGAAGUAUGGGCCUGAGUGUGACUGGUGGUCCCUAGGCGUUUGCAUGUAUGAAAUGCUUUAUGGAGAAACACCCUUUUAUGCUGAGUCCUUGGUGGAGACCUAUGGGAAAAUAAUGAACCACAAAGAGAGGUUCCAGUUUCCUGCUCAAGUGACAGAUGUCUCUGAAAGUGCAAAGGACCUCAUCCGAAGGCUAAUUUGUAGCAGAGAGCAUCGACUUGGACAGAAUGGGAUAGAAGACUUUAAGAACCAUCCAUUUUUUGCUGGGAUUGACUGGGACAACAUUAGAAACUGUGAUGCACCUUACAUCCCAGAAGUCAGCAGCCCCACAGAUACAUCGAAUUUUGACGUGGAUGAUGAUUGCUUAAAAAAUUCUGAGACGAUGCCUCCACCAUCACACACUGCGUUUUCUGGCCAUCAUUUACCAUUUGUAGGUUUCACAUACACAAGUAGCUGUGUGCUUUCAGACCGCAGCUGUCUAAGACUGACAGCUGGACCACCCUCCAUGGAUCUUGAUGCCAACAUUCAAAGAACUUUGGAGGACAGUUUAGCAACAGAAGCUUACGAGAGGAGAAUAAGACGCCUAGAGCAGGAAAAGCUUGAACUUAGUAGAAAACUGCAAGAGUCCACUCAGACAGUCCAGGCUCUUCAGUAUUCAACAGUGGAUGGCCCAAUUGCAGCAAGCAAAGAUAUAGAAAUUAAAAGCUUAAAAGAAGAAAUUGAAAAGUUGAAGAAACAGGUAACAGAUUCUGGUCAUCUAGAACAGCAACUAGAAGAGGCCAGCACUGCAAGGCGGGAGUUGGACGAUGCUUCCAGACAAAUAAAGGCUUUUGAGAAACAGGUUAGAACGCUGAAGCAAGAGAGGGAAGAUCUUAAUAAGGAACUGGCAGAGUCUAGUGACAGAUUAAAAUCUCAAGCCAAAGAGCUGAAAGAUGCACACAGCCAGCGGAAAUUGGCAAUGCAGGAGUUCUCAGAGAUGAACGAGCGGCUGACAGACUUGCACUCUCAAAAACAAAAGCUUGCCCGCCAGCUCCGAGAUAAGGAAGAAGAAAUGGAAGUGGUGAUGCAAAAAGUAGAAAGUUUAAGGCAAGAGUUACGCAGAACAGAGAGACUUAAAAAAGAACUGGAAGUCCAAGCUGAAGCUGCGGCUGCUGAGGCAUCCAAAGACAGGAAAUUGCGAGAGCGGAGCGAGCAGUACUCCAAGCAGUUGGAAAGUGAAGUAGAAGGGCUAAAGCAAAAACAGAUUGGUCGUUCUCCUGGGGUAAGCAGUAUAGAACACCAGCAAGAGAUCACUAAAUUAAAGGCAGACUUGGAAAAGAAAAGUGUUUUCUAUGAAGAGGAACUAUCUAAACGUGAAAUAAUGCAUGCUAAUGAAAUAAAAAGUCUGAAGAAGGAACUACGGGAUGCAGAGAGCCAGCAGCUUGCACUUAAGAAGGAGAUCAUGAUUUUGAAAGACAAGUUAGAGAAAACCAGAAGAGAGAACCAAAGUGAAAGAGAGGAAUUUGAAACAGAGUUCAAGCAGAAAUAUGAACGGGAAAAGAUUCUGCUAACAGAGGAAAACAAGAAACUUUCAAAUGAACUUGAUAAGCUCACCGCCAUGUUUGAGAGGCUGAGUAUGAAUAACCGGCAGCUGGAAGAAGAAAUGAGAGACCUAGCUGAUAAAAAGGAGUCCGUGGCCCACUGGGAGGCCCAAAUUACUGAGAUCAUCCAAUGGGUAAGUGAUGAAAAAGAUGCUCGAGGUUAUCUUCAAGCCUUGGCCUCUAAAAUGACAGAAGAACUAGAGGCCCUGAGGAACUCCAGCUUGGGUGCAAGAGCUACAGACAUGCCCUGGAAGAUGCGCCGUUUUGCAAAGCUAGAUAUGUCUGCAAGGUUGGAACUGCAGUCAGCUCUUGAUGCUGAAAUCCGAGCCAAACAGGCUAUUCAAGAUGAGUUGAAUAAAGUCAAAGCUUCCUGUAUCUCUACAGAGUGUAAAUUGCAAGAAUCUGAGAAGAAGAACUUGGAACUGUUGUCCGAUAUUGAAAGGCUGAAGAAGGAGACGGAAGAACUUAGAUCAGAAAAGGGUGUAAAGCACCAAGACUCACAGAAUUCUUUCUUGGCAUUUUUGAAUGCGCCUACCUCUGCUCUGGAUCAAUUUGAACGCUCUCCUUCCUGUAUUCCAGCUAACAAAGGCAGACGUAUUGAUUCAGUUGAGAACUUCACGUUAUCCAAUACGCCAUCACGGGAUGAAGAUAGCAAGUCUCACCUCCAUUCAAGAUCAAGGUCUCCUUCUACAGCUAGUGAAAUUGAACCAAUCGAGGUUACAGAUCAUCCUCCUCGGUCAAUUCACACACCAACCAUGCGGACAGCAUAUAUUGGAUCGGGACUCUCUGCACCAAAGCCUAAAGCCCACCAGUUUGUAGUGAAAUCAUUUAAUACUCCAACAAAAUGCAAUCAAUGCACAUCUCUGAUGGUUGGUUUAAUAAGGCAGGGCUGCACUUGUGAAGUGUGUGGAUUCUCCUGCCACGUGACCUGUGCAGACAAGGCCCCUGCAGUGUGUCCAAUUCCUCCUGAACAGACUAAGGGCCCUUUGGGAAUAGAUCCUCAGAAAGGUAUAGGAACAGCUUACGAAGGACAUGUCCGAGUACCAAAACCAGCUGGUGUAAAGAAAGGUUGGCAGAGAGCGCUGGCAGUAAUCUGUGAUUUUAAACUCUUCCUGUAUGACAUAGCAGAAGGAAAAGCGUCCCAGCCAAGUGUGGUAGUGAGUCAGGUCAUAGACAUGAGGGAUGAAGAAUUCUCAGUGAGUUCUGUCUUGGCUUCGGAUGUCAUCCAUGCAAAUCGAAAAGAUAUCCCCUGUAUCUUUAGAGUCACAGCUUCCCAACUCUCUGCAACCAGUAAUAAGUGUUCAAUCCUGAUUCUAACAGACGGUGAGAAUGAAAAAAGCAAGUGGGUAGGAGUGCUGAAUGAAUUGCAUAGAAUCUUGAAGAAGAACAAACUCAAAGACCGCUCAGUCUAUGUUCCCAAAGAAGCUUAUGACAGCACCUUACCCCUCAUCAAAACAACACAGUCAGCAGCAAUCAUAGAUCAUGAAAGAAUAGCACUGGGGAAUGAAGAAGGGUUAUUUGUUGUGCAUGUCACCAAAGACGAGAUAAUCCGUGUUGGUGAUAAUAAGAAGGUUCAUCAGAUUGAGCUUAUCCCAAGCGAACAGCUCAUUGCAGUAAUCUCAGGACGAAACCGUCACGUGCGACUUUUCCCUAUGACAGCCCUGGAUGGAAGGGAGACUGAGUUUUAUAAGCUGGCAGAAACAAAGGGCUGCCAGUCAAUAGUUUCUGGACAUGUGCGCCAUGGAGCCCUUACAUGCCUGUGUGUAGCUAUGAAAAGGCAGGUCCUCUGUUAUGAACUAAAUCAGAGUAAGACGCGUCACAAAAAGAUCAAGGAGAUCCAAGUCCAGGGGAACGUCCAGUGGAUGUCGGUCUUCAGCGAGCGACUUUGUGUGGGCUACCAGUCAGGUUUCUUAAAACAUCCCCUUCAUGGAGAAGGCAGCCCACACAGUCUGCUCCAUCCAGAUGACCACACGCUAUCAUUUAUCUCACAGCAGCCAACUGAUGCCAUCUGUGCAGUCGAAAUCUCAAAUAAAGAAUACCUGCUGUGUUUUAGCAGCGUAGGGGUUUACGUUGACUGCCAGGGCCGAAGAUCGAGACAACAAGAAUUGAUGUGGCCUGCAACUCCAUCAUCUUGCUGUUACAAUGCACCAUACCUCUCUGUGUAUAGCGAAAAUGCAAUUGAUAUCUUUGACGUGAACUCCAUGGAGUGGAUUCAGACUAUUCCUCUCAAAAAGGUACGACCCUUGAAUACAGAAGGAUCACUCAACCUUUUAGGUUUGGAGACGGUUAGAUUAAUAUAUUUCAAAAACAAAAUGGCAGAGGGUGAUGAACUGGUGGUUCCUGAAACAUCAGAUAACAGCCGGAAGCAAAUGGUUCGAAACAUCAACAACAAGCGCCGCUAUUCAUUCAGAGUACCAGAAGAGGAGAGGAUGCAGCAGAGGAGGGAGAUGCUACGUGAUCCAGAAAUGAGAAAUAAAUUAAUUUCUAACCCAACUAAUUUUAACCACAUAGCACAUAUGGGUCCUGGAGAUGGUAUACAGAUUCUCAAAGACCUUCCAAUGCAGCGCUCCCCUUAUCAAUUCCCUCAUCAUCACUCCCGUCUGAUCUCCUCUCCGAGCAACUUUGAACACAUCUACCACAUGACUGUUAAUUCAGCUGAAAAAUUCCUCUCUUACGAUUCCAUAAACACUGCAUUUUCCCCGCCUCCGUGCUCUGCCCUGGGUACUCCAAACUUUAUGACUCAGAGGAAUCUUCGGCCUCAGGAAAGUCGGACCGUAUUCAGUGGCUCUGUCAGUAUCCCAUCGAUCACGAAAUCCCGCACAGAACCAGGACGAUCGAUGAGCGCAAGCAGUGGGUUAGCAGCAAGAUCAUCUGCACAAAAUGGCAGUGCAUUGCGGAGGGAAUUCUCAGGAGGUAGCUAUGGAGCAAAGCGUCAGCCUAUGGCAUCGCCCUCAGAUGGUUCCUUAUCCUCUGGUGGCCUGGACCAAGGCAGUGAUGCACCAACAAGGGACUAUGAGCGAGAGGACUCCGACUCGCCGAGACACUCCACUGCGUCGAACAGCUCCAACCUCAGCAGCCCUCCCAGCCCUGUUUCUCCUCACAAGACCAAGAGCCUCUCCCUGGAGAGCUCUGACCACGUGAGUUGGGACUCAUGAACUGCUUCAGCAUUCAGAUUUGACACUACAGCAGCUUGCUGUCCCCUUCACUUGCUCCAGUUCACACCUUCACCAUCCUAACCCUCCUCAUUCCCCGCCCGAAAGUCAACUGGGAGCCGGGUAGAGAGGAAGGUAGAAGCUCUGCAGCACUGCCUCACCCUCCCUUUCCCAGAUUUGACAGCAGCGAAUGAGUAAAGCUAGGGUGUUGGUAAAUAUCAGAUGCUGUAGAUUUGUCUUAGUGUUGGUUUCAUCUUUUGCGAUUACAGCUGCUUUCAUUUUCAAAGACAUAUAUUUAUCCUACCCCACAAUUCCCUCAAAAGUAACUUAAAUAGACCAGACCAGUAUCGGCAAGAGAAAAUUUAGAGGGAUUUUUUUUUCGUACAAUAGCUCAUUGUACUGUACAGAAGCAGCACAGAGACCCCUUCCCCUGCAUGGGGAAUGAUUGGUAUGUCAGAGGCACAUAAAAGCUUUCAGCCACCAUGUUUGAAUGUCUAUCUGAUUGUUGCCAGCAAAUACUUAUUGAUUAAGAUGAUGCAUAUUUUACUACACUACAGAGUUUAAAUAAAUACACAGAUGUUAGAGUAAAAUAUGUAUGUAUAUAUUAAAAAAGGAAAAAAAAAAAAAGAAAAAAAAAAGCAUUGUGUAUGCAGCAGAAGAUGGAUGCUUAUUUAAGAGAGCCUUUAAUUUAAGAUUUGUGUUGUCCCUGUUUUCAUACUCAAUGAUAUCCAGAUUUGGAGGCCUGGCCUAAAACCUUUCACAGGACAGAUAUUCCGUUCGCAUAUCAUUUGCUGCACUGCUGGGAGAAGCCCCUGCAGUACUUUCCCAACAUUUCUUUAUUUCUGGCAGUAGCAUCUGAGGCUAUAAUUCCUAAGCUCGUGUUAAUCCCGUCCUUUGCAAAAACGACAGUGGUUGGAAAGCGACCCCCCUGCCCUGACACCCGAGGGCACCCAUCAGCCAGCUGGCCAUGCUGGGUGCUGGUGUGUGGCUGUGCAGCUGCGAAACCUGCAGUGGAGGUCCUUACAGAAGCAAGGGAGCUCAGUGCCACAGGAUUCAGCAGGAAAACUGUUUCCCUGGGUCAGACUUUGACCGGGCUUCACUAGGAAGGGAGCAGUCUUCCACAUCUCUUUCAUCAUCCCUUAACAGAAACCUGUUGUUACCAAAUAAUAGUUUAUAAUACACAUCAGCCAAAUGAGUGCUCUUACUCUGAAGCUAGCUGCUGCUGGCUGUGCUGUCACUGUAGCAACGACAAACCUUGAAGACUGACCUCACACUGUUCACACUGUGGCCAUCACAGAUGCCUGGUCACCCACAACUGCCGUGCGGGUAAGGUUGGUUUUCCUCUCCCUCCCAACCCGUGCUGUGGGUCUGUGCAAUUUGCAGUUGUUUCUUUGUGCUCACCUGCUGUUCGGUUCCAGUCGCAGGCCAGGAAGAUAGAAAGUAUUGAAGUGGAUGACAGAGGCCAGUGAGGUUGCAGAAAUAAGUAAAAAGCUGAAGCUGGUCAUGCAGUCACCGGAAUAAAUUGAGAAACUGACGUACAAAGGGAUGGUAAGAGGAAGAUCUCUCUCUCUCGUUAGGUAGCAAGGCAGAUGUGUUUUUCAUUUAGGAGUGUUCAGAUGAGCCUCUUUUCUCAGUAGUAUUGUUGCUGGCAUUAUACUAUGACCAUACUCAAACAUGUAAGGGCUUUUUGUAUUUAGAAUACUGUUUUUUGUGGGUUUCAGAAACUUGCUAUGGCUCUUAAACCAUUCCAUAUUCUUGCAGUUAGCAGUAAUACUGUGUUUCAACCGCAUAGAAAUGCUUGGAGUUUUCCAGUUUUGUCUUCUGUAAUGGAAGUUAUAGGUAAGUUCAGACUGUGUACAGGUAUGAGCUAAGUGUGGAACAGGGGAUGAGACACAGAGAUCAUCGCCUGCACCAUUUUAUCCUGCUGGAUCUCCUCAGUAAGAUUUCUUUUUCACCCUGAAUCACAGCUUGUCCAAGCUUGUCAGUGUUACAUUAGGACAGGAAUUCAACAUUGUUUUAAACAUUGUUUCAAAACCUGUCUCUCUCCAGUUUGGGUUUUUUGGAGUAGCAAAACGGUAAUGGUGGUUUGUUUUCACUUCAAAGCUACUAGUGUUGCAAGCCCGGCAUUUAAUACUAAAGGCCUUAGCCAGCAGCUUAGCACUUGCAAUCAAUUCCUUCUAGAACUGAUUUUCAUCUUUGUGAGGGACAGAGAGGCAGGGCAUUAUUGGCAUCACUAGAACUCCACAUCAGCUUCUUUCUACAGGCUGCCUAUUGCUUCCAGUAUAGCCACUGCUUUUCCCCACAAUUCCCUCCUUUUGGUGAAGCAUGUCCACACACUUCUCGAAGCCUUUGCAGACUAGUUUUGUAUUUACUGUAUGUUGUAUUUAAACAUUAAUCUUAUUUUGAUAUCGAGAGAAGGCAUUUAAACAAUAGUCACGUAAGGUAGAGCCGCCUGUGCAACACGUCCCCUGAGAGAGGGUCACCACAUCGUCCUUGUGGGCGUUUCUGUAGCUGAGUUCAUGCUCUGUCUGAAAAUGGAGCCCACAGAGCCAUGACACAGCAAACAAAACGACCAAAUGUGCCCGUUUACUGUGUCCUGGUGCCUGCAAUCUACUGCUACUCCAACCCGCUGCAAACAGGCAUUUUCAGGCAGAGCAGAGGGCAGCUGUGUGACACAACACUCCACAGGAGGAGAGCUCCACAGGACUGCACUGUUUGUGCACCACAGUUUCUAAGCCUGGGCAUUUUCCUUUAGGAUUACUAUAUUUAAUCGGUAGGUUGGUACUGUGCAUUUUGUUACGCAUCUGUUAAAAAGAGAAACAGCAACUGUUCUCUCAGUUGAAAAGCAAAUGACCACAUCACUUAUUGGUAAAGAGAAAUGUCGUCUUGGGACUUGAAUAGCUUUUAUGUAUUUGGGGACCAUUUGAUUAUACAUUCGAUUUUAAACCAUGCUCAUCUUUUUUGUUGGCACAAACACUGAAAACAAAAGCGUUCUGUAGCUGAGCUUUACGCAUUGGGCUGGGGCAAGCAGCUCGGUCAUUUGAACUGUAGGACUUUUGCCUGGUAUCUCAAUGACAGUUGUCUUUUAAGGUUUGAUGUCUGCUGCUUUGCACUGUAGCAUUGUUUCACCUCCACAGUUUGAGGGCUGUGACUUGUCUGGGGAGCUUGAAACCUCCCCUUCAGUCUGUGACUGUAGCAUAUGUGCUGUGUACACAGUUAUGUGUCUAGCUGAUUUUUUCCUUUUGGCUGAGACUGAAGGUAUCUUGCAUUUAUGACACAAACAUAUGGGCUAUUGGUUUUUUGCUUUUUAUGGUUAAUUUUGCAGGCAACAAAGGAUGUGAAGAUUCAGGCAGCUACUAAGGACUCCAGGUUAGAGAAUGCAAAGGUUUGGUCAGUAGGUUUCCCCUGUGCGUGCAUGGACACAGACAUGUGCUUUCCUUCCACAUAUCCUACACCCAAAAGCAGGGUUGGAGUACACUCUGCUCCGUUCUAUCUGGCCUGUAGUAAACAGCCGGUGGCUCCAAAACCCAUCCAUGUAGCUGUGGAAGUGGCUGCUUUUCCUCUCAGUUAGCUGCUGCAGCUUGUUAGGAAUGCACGUUUUGCUCAUCUUAGCGAGUUUCAUAACUUGCUGUGCCUGAUUUGGUUCUGGUAAACUGAACAGCCACCUGUGUCAGUCUCAGGUAUGCAGCAGAGGGAAGUAAAGGGUCUUGUCGUAACAAAGAAGUCCCCAGAGCAUCCUGUUCUUUCUCAUUCCAUUUUAUGCACUUCGUUUAGUUUUAUGCAAUACAUUGAAGGUCAAAUCUAUCACAGUGCAACUACCCCUACCUCCUUAGCCUGGGAAUCAAAGUGGCACAUGUAGCUUCAGCUGUGGGUUUGGGUUUUUCUUUUUACAUAGGAGUCGGUUGCUCAAAGGUAGUGGGAUGGUUUUCUGCACUAGCACCAAAGCACGCAGAAGGGCGCAGGUGUGUUCAGGCUGUGUUUGGCAGGUGCCCUCAGAAGCAGGCCUAUGGAUGUUCCAUGCUAAAUUCCAACUCUGCUUUGUCUUUCUUUCCAGCCGCAGCUUUGUGUAACCUGUUUUCACUUUGCGUUUAAGAAAGUCUCAUCCACAGGGAAGAAAUCCACAAACAAACCAGUGUUGGUAAUUCAGAGCAAUUAUACCUGCCUUUUUAUGUAUGACAGUUUCAUAUCAUUUAUUUUUAAAAUAUGGGAUUUUUUAGGUUUUUCAUUGUAAUAUUAUUGUACAGUUUUGCAUGGCAUAGAUGUAAUCACUUUUUUGUUUUAGAUUAUAAAAGCUGACAAGUGUGCGUGUGGGGGAAAGAUUCUGCUUUUUGCCUCUUCUCACUAUUUUGUUUAAUGCCCUCAGUGUUGUAGGGGACAUUGUAAGAGAUUCUCUGCUACAGAACAAUGAUGUAGAUUCUUUUGCACAGAAAUAUUUAAGGUGGAAAAGUCAACAAUGUAAAAAUGACUCACCACCAAUAUUUUAUGUUGGUAACACUUAAUAUUAACCUACUUUGAUGUACUGCAAUAAAACAGGGAACUGUUAGAAAUGUAGACGUUUUGUCUUUUUUUUUCUUCUCAUACCUCUGCUUAAGCUUUGAGGAAGUGAUGUAAUUGUGGUUUUGAAAAUAUAAUGGGCAUAUUUAAUGCAUCUGCAUGAGGACAUGGGGAAGAAAAGUAGUGCAAUUCUAUUCAGCUUAUCACCUUUCAGAAAAACUUACCCAAACCCUUAUACUUUUUGCUGUAGCUUGGUGGAACGCUGCCUAUUCCUUGCGCUGUGACCUGUGCAGUCACCUUUGGUUCCACAGUGCAUGGCAGCGGGCCUGCUGGUGUCAAAGCAUUAGAGAAGUAGGAAGUGAGCUGUGUGUCAGGGCCCCUGUUCAUCUCCCAGCACUCAUUUUCUGUCUUGAUGCAGUACACAGAGUGAGUAAAACAGUCUGUACAGCACUGCUACCGUGCAGCUUCACAGAAGCAAAUGUAACCUCUGGUUUGCCCUGUGGAACUAAGAACUGUUUCUGUAAGAGGAACUUUCUGGAACGUACAAGUUUGCUGCAGCAGAGGAACAUUCAAACCCGUGCCCUGCUUGUAGCUAAGCGAAUUCACUAGCAGCAUGGAGCAAGCAGCAGUGAUAUGAUAGUCUUGCUCCUUGAAAAAUGUCAUGACUCUUUUGACUUCAAGCCAGAGCACAGUGGUUCUUGCUCUUUAUACUCUGAAGCAAUUCCUCAUGUCACAAAACUCUGGCCAAAUCUGCAGAAAUUAUUAAGGCAUUUGGAACGUGCACAAAAGGCCAGGAGAAGCAGGGCCUGAGCUCUCCUUAGCUCUCCUACUAAGGGAACAGUUCACCUUCCGCCACUUGUUAUCCUUAAGGCAAAUGCAAAACAACUCCAUUGUUCGUUCUUUAACAAGCAGUAUCUCUCUAGGGAAGGGAAUUGUUUGCUGAGAAUUAAACACCUGUGCCCCAGUGUGGCAUCCAGAGCUGUGGUCACACAAGCACUGCAUAGCAAACCUCAAUAGCUGUGCCUGCUGGAAAAAUCGAACAGUAAUGCAGUUGUGUGGUGGUUUUUUUUUGUUUUGUCUUCCUCACAAGUCUUCUAAACUUCUAGCUGUCAGCCUUCAGGGACAGAAGCUUUGCUCUGAAGUUUACCUAGCCCAAGGCAUGACAGCUUUUUGUACUUUGCUUCUUAAGCACUAAUGUAAGCAUUAAUAUCUUAAACAAUUCCAACAUUUUUUACAGCUGCAAGGUGUAGAUCCAGAAGAAACUAUUUACUACAUCACGUAGAUCAGAACCCAAAGCACCAAGAUAAGCUACUCCACUAAAGUUAAGCAGCUUUAUGCCAAAUGAUUAUUUCACUGAAUAGCAGAGUUCAUACUUCUCAAAGGAUUAGGACUAACCCGAGGAGGACUUUUAGUACUGGAUCUUUCUGAAGCAAAGUCUUAAAUGAAGCAGAUACAUGCUUAUGGUCGUGGAAGAAAGGUAACGCAAUAACCUGUUCCCUUAUUCCUCAGCCUCCUGAGAGAGGCUGUGCAUUCACUUACCUAUUCUUUACCUCCGGAAGCGUCAGAGGUCAGGAUUUCUCACAGUGUACCGAAGUCUAAGAUCAUACAACCCUCUGGCAUUCCUGGGCUGCAUUAACUCAAUAGGAUCAGCGGAGUCUGCUGCUGAGGACGCCUGCCUUACUCGCACCAGGUAAGCAUCAACUCUCACUGCCACUUUCUUCACAAGUGGGAGAAGGACAAAAAUACCCAUGUCCAGAAUACUUGUAACAGAGUAGAAAGGGAAAAACAAACAAAACAAGUCUGUUGCUAGGGACUGUUAGUGGGCAGGCAGAUGUUCAGGCUGGCAUUGCUCUGGCUCCUGGUAACCUUAUUAGCACCACUGUUUGUGUGUGACAGAGCUGGAGUGGAAGGAUGAAGUAAUAAACAGGGCACAGAUGAUUUUGCAAUGGUCACCACAAUUUGUGGAACCAAAAAACACAACAGGAAGGCACGUGGAAGCCUCCCCUUCUCCUCUGCUGUUUAUUCCACAGAUUAGCACCUGAGUCAAUUGGGUACUCAAUACCCCAAUAGAAGACAGAAAAACUGCAGGCCCACCGCACAAGCACUUGUUUAUUGAAAUCAGAACUCGUACAGGUACAGGGCUUCGUACAAAAAUCUAAGAAAGUUUGCUAGCUUGACUUCAAUAGUUGAAAAUUGUGCGUCUGGUUUUAAAUGUGUCAUAUCAGCAAAAGCUUGAAAUAUUCACGCGAGACAGGAGGUGUUUGGCUGCCUUGCCAUAAGCUUUGCGUUACCAGAAAACAGCCACAAAGACAGACUCACUUGUUAAGAGUCCAGCAAGCAAUCAGUGUCAGAGAUGGAACUUAUCUAACUCAAUAUCAGGAAAGAUGAUAGCUACCAGACAGUGAAGAAACCCACUAUCUGUGCUGAGAUAUAGUACUGUUGGUUAAGCAUUUGUCUCCCAGAACCAAAGACUGUGAGAGUGUGUGUGUUUGUGUGUGUGUGUUUAAAAAAAAAUCUUGGCACUCAAUUCUCAGACUUCUUUCUAAAUGUUUCCUAUGUUUACUUUGCAAGCCAAAGAGGAGUAGAAAGCUUAAAACCUCAUGCUAUGUACACACACACGUACACCCCUUGUAUUAAAUCAGUGUCAGUAAAAUCCAGGAGGGUUCUUGGACUGCCACCACUUGACUUACAAAACCAGGGCAAAAGGGGGAGACCUCGUGGUAGGGGUACACCUUGGUAUUUCAUUCUAUAAUGAAAACUACUUGAAUUCCACCUUAUCAAGAAAGAAUGAAGGUUUUUUUUUUUAAAAAAAAAAAAACAACAA